AUGUUAGAUUUCAACACAACCGACAUCACCAGCCCCUCCACCUUCAUCCUGCUGGGCAUCCCUGGCCUGGAGGCCUCGCAUGGCUGGAUCUCCAUCCCAUUCUCUGUCAUGUACAUCAUAGCCCUCUUGGGGAAUUUCACCAUCCUGUUCGUUGUGAAGACAGAGCCGAGCCUCCAUGGACCCAUGUACUAUUUCCUCUGCAUGCUGGCUUUCAGUGACCUGGUCCUGUCUACAUCCAUCCUGCCUAAAAUGUUGAGCAUUUUCUGGUUCAAAUCCAGGGAGAUCGAUUUUGGUGCCUGCCUCACCCAGAUGUACUUCGUUCACUCCUUCUCAGCUAUCGAGUCUGGGAUCUUCGUGGCCAUGGCGUUGGAUCGCUACGUGGCCAUCUGCCAUCCCCUGCGACAUUCCACCAUCCUGACAAACCCGGUUGUGGCCACGAUUGGCCUGGCUGUUGCACUGCGUGGCGUCAUGCUCAUGCUGCCCUUUCCCUUACUGGUGAGGCAGUGGCCAUAUUGCAGAACUAACAUCAUCAGCCAUUCAUACUGUGAGCACUUCGCCGUGGUGAAGCUGGCCUGCACUGACAUCCGUGUCAGUAGUUAUUACAGCCUUUCUGUGGCAUUUUCUGUCACUGGUCUGGACGUGUUUUUCAUUGCUGUGUCCUAUACCCAGAUCCUCAGGGACAUCUUCAGACUCCCCACAAAAGAUGCCCAGCUCAAGACUUUUGGGACCUGCAGCUCCCACCUGUGUGUCAUCUUAACCUUCUACAUUCCAGGUCUUUUCUCCUUCCUCACACACCGGGUUGGCCACAAUGUACCCCCACAGUUCCACAUAAUCUUUGCCAGUGUGUACCUCCUGGUUCCCCCCAUGCUACACCCCAUCAUCUAUGGGGUGAGGACCAGACAAAUCCAGGAGAGGCUGCUAUGGAUCGUUACUCAUAGAAGAAUGUAA